AUGUCUACACUCACCCACGGUGGCAGAAUCGUGCCUAUACUAACGGGCCACGAACAACAUCACCACGAACUCGACUCCACCCCCGACCCCCCGCGUUUCUUAGACUCUCAACCCCUUCAACAAAGUGCCAAACCCCCGCUGCUGGAUCAGCGGACACACCACGACACCAUGCGUCAUAGAAAACAAGUUGAUCACGCUUGUUUAGAGAUGCCGUGUUUGAAAGAACGCGGUCUCUUCGCUGUACCAACUGAAGGCGAUGGAAACUGUCUCUAUUACUCACUUUCCGAUCAACUCUUUGGCAAUUUCCUCCAUGGCGAUGAGAUCCGCCACCAACUUGCCGACCACAUGGCUGGGAACAAGACGUAUUUCAUGCAAUUUGUGGUGGCUGAAGGGGGUGAGCGUCGGCGUCCCAGGAGAGCCGCCGUCUCGGCAUACGCGACUCGGUCUGCUCAUUCGACCGCCCCAUCGACCGAGGACAAGGAACGACGCUUCAUGGACAUGAUCGCGUCGACGCGUAAAAAUGGCGAGUGGGGAAGCUCCGAGCACCUUCAAGCCUUUUGUCAAGUGUACCGUGUAGAUAUCAAUGUCUACACGAUGAGCGGUGUCCAAGCCUUCAGAGAUGUGAAUGCUUCUUGUGAUGAAUCCAGGGAUGUGGUUCAUGUAGCAUUUCACGAUUUCAAACACUACUCAUCAGUGAGGCCAGUGGAUGGUACACACAGGGGGCUCAUGGCAAAACAACUACUCCAGGCUCCCACUCCGCCGUGCUCCCAGUCUGAUGACUCCAAGCCACCAGUGUCAGACCUCGAAUGCUCUGACACAAAAGGAGAAACAAGCGAUGACAAGCAGGUGUCUCUGCCGAACACCCCAUUGUCACUAGAGCCCGAGAAUGACCAAGGCAUCACUUCGGUUGCCACCACUGACCCUUCCGUUGAGGGCCAGUCACCAAAUGCUGAUCUCGCUGUCGAUGUCUUUCCUCCUUGGGAUAUUCAGUCUAUUCAGGAUGGGCUUGGAGGUCGAUAUGAUCGUGACACCAUUGUAGACAUGCUGCAGAAAUGUCGAGGUGACAUCGACCGAGCCUUUGCUGCUCUGCUGGGGGAAAAGGACAGCGCCUUGCCGGAAAAACCGGCACUUCCAGCGCCCAACUUCAAGCCUUGCCUACAGGCUUCAAGAGAAUCGUCCCCUGUCAGUACUGGCAGCAAGCGCUCAGCGGAUGAUAGCGACGACUCAGACGACCAUACCUCCGCGAUUCGACAUGGUCGACCUAGAAAGCGGAUGGUGUCCAAUCUUACCCUGGGGGUGGGCAUCUCAUUCCGCGACGACCAGAAUGAGGUCUUGGCCCUCAACCUGCACAUGAACGGUGAGAGCGAGAAGGCCGAGAAAACCGAGAAGUCCGAGAAGAUCAAAGGCACGCCACUUCGUGAGAGCACAACUUCUGAUCCACCUCAGGAGCAAUCGGAGCGGCCUUCAGAGAACAACCCGAAGGGUCUUCGAAGAAGCAGUCGUCUGUCCAAGGCUCGUUCGGCCUGA